AUGGAUUUAUGUAGAGUUGGUGUGGCGGCACUCAGUGAUCAACUUUACAACGAUGUGAUGGCAACUCGUAAUCAAAAGCAACAGUCAUCGAAUCUUAUGAUACUGCGAGGUAUCUAUUUGCUACAGAUGCAACAGGUCAAGAAUAUAUCGGAACCGUUCGAAACACGUGAUGGAGUCGAUCGCUCAGAAUGGAGAACUCUCAAAUUUGUGCUGACCGAUGGUGUGCACACUCUUCAUGCCAUUGAACAUCACUUCAUACCAACAAUGUCACCACAACUCUCUCCAGGUUGCAAACUGCUACUUAAAGAUGUUCCUAUACGCAGAGGUAUCCUUUUAUUCAAUGAGAACAAUGUUAAACUACUUGGAGGUAGUGUUAAAGAACUAGUUACAUCUGCAGAUGCAACAAAAUCAUCAAAAUCAUCAACAAUAACAACAACAACAACAUCAGCAACGACACCGACAACAACAACAAACACACUACAUACAACUUCAAACUCGUCCAACAAUAGAAACAAUAUAUUAUCACCAACUACAACACCAACAACUUUAUCUACACCAUUAACUUCACAAACUAUUUCAAAUACUUCAACCAAAAAUAUACCAAAUGCUGCACCAAAGAAAAUGUUACCUUUAAAUAUAAAUAGUAAAAAUAAUAAUAUGAAUAACAAUAACAAUAGCAAUAGCAAUAAUAAUAAUAAUAGAAAUGAUACACCUAAAGAUGAACACAGUGUAUUUGAUGACGAUGAUGAUGUUGACUUUGAACAGGUUGAUAGAAAGAAACAACAUAUAGAUUUGGGAUAUGAAUCAGAUAUAUUUCUGGAUGAAAGUGGAGAUACAUCGUCUGUUAAAAUGGAUUUAGAUAUAGAUAGUAUACAUGAUGAUCAUCAUUCUAUGGAUUUAGAUAUAGAUAGUAAUACAUCCAAAUCAAAAGUAAACAACAACAACAACCUAUUUAUUAAACCAAUAUCACCACUACUAUCACCUAUUAGACAUAAACUACCUGCAUUAUCACAACAACAAUCAAUAAUAAAGAAAGAAGAAGAACAGAGACAACAACAAGAAGAAAAACAAACAGAAGAGAAACCAAUAUUUAUGUAUAUAGUAGACUUUAAGAAACGAAUAGAAUCGAAUGACUCAUCAAAGGUUGGACCAUUUAAGACUAGAGCUAUUGUUACUGCAGCGACAAGCGACACAAAUGAUGGAAUAGAAAAGGAAAUCAUUCUAAAAAUAUCUGAUGGUACUGGAAGUCUGUCUGUUUUAUUAUCGAAUCAAUUAAAAACCAAACUUAUAGGAAUAUCAACGUUGGAAUUUAAGAAAUUGAAUUUACAUAAGAGGAAAUCUAUUAUCGAUAAUUUGAAUCUUAAACUAUUUAAAUUGGAGGGUAUUUUUACAUUGUCAUUAUCACAAACGAACGCAACAAUCAAUAAUAACAUUAAUGAUAAUAUAAUUCUGUUUGAAGAUUUCGAAGAGCCAGAUCAUUCAUAUAUAGAUUUCCUAACCAAUUAG